AUGACAAGUGCACAGAAAUGGCAGCCACUUCCCAUGUUGGCCCAUGGUAGAGUGGUCAAGUCGUUUUUGCCCCAGAAUCAUUUGGAUAAAUUGCCUUCAUAUUUCCAAAACUUGUACCCUGGUGAUGAAGUCUACAUCUUUGAAGCUAGUGAUAAAUGGGCCAGAGGUUAUAUCUUGGUCCAGCCUUUACCAACCGAUUUCAUUGCCAUCACUUCAAACUUGGAAAAAUUGCCUGAUCAAAGAAUCGCCGUCGUGAUCUUGCCGUUAUCUCACGUCAAAAUCUUUGAAAAGAUUCAAAUCCCAAAAUUGGCCCAGAAUGGCGAUCAAAAAAUCAUGGACGCCAUCUCGUCUUCUGGCACCCAGGAACCAACCACGGUGUCUGAUGUCACUGGUUACAAUUACGAAACCAAGCUCAUCACCAACGGCGCCCUUGUCAGUAAUCCUACCGUCCCCACCAUCUAUGAAACCGAGUUGAACGCUACCGAAGCCAGAGAAGGCGAAAACAUAAAUUAUCACCUCAAACCUCCUUUACCUGCCCUUAGAUUGGAUUCCGGCGACUUGUUGGACGAAAUCACCCCGGCAAUCUCCCUUUUGAGUUCCCAUAUCUACUCGUUAUAUUCGGUGGGUGAAUUCUCCUUAUCUUUGAAAUUGGGGUCGUUAUACUACGAAUUGGACGAAAUUAGAAUCAAAUUAUCUUAUAAUUUGUGUACCAAAGCCGAAAAAAACGUCGCUAGAAAAAGUGUCGCGUUGUUGUUGAGUAAAAUCGCCAAAUUGUUGUCUUCGAAAGGUAUCAACAAAGUCGAUAGAAAAAGCUCCGCCAUUAAAUACGAUACCGCCGGUUACGAAGCCAUUUUGGCCAGAAACCCAGAAACCGGGGAAUUGUUUGAUUAUCGUGCCAAAGAUCUUAACAAACAAGCGACUCCCGAUGUCAUCGCCAUUAAUCAAUUCAUGUUUGCCUUGUGUUCCAAUUACCCAUUAUCCGACGCCGAGUUGGCCAAUUUGAACCCACCGGCAAACUCAAAAUUCAAAAAAGCAGUGCCAUCACAAAUCUUGGUUGAUUUCACCAACUUGAUUUCUAGUUCCUCGGUAUCUCCAAAAGGUUUUAUCGGGAUGACCGCUUUCUUGUACUUGAGAAAUUCUAAAGAAAGACUUACCGAAGCGUUCUCUGUGCCAAUCAAUGCCAAUAAAGAUCUCAAUAUGGAUACUUUGAGUGCUGCGCUUUUCAGAAAUAUUCCUGCUGGAGAAAUCGACAAAGGUAGAAUCUAUUUGGUGGCCCUCAUUACCGAAGAAAUCGAAAUUCCAAAGGACUCAGUCGACGCUCAUCCAAAAUCCGGUUCCAAUUCCCAUUCUAUCAGUAAGAUUAGAAAAGGGGUGGCUGCCGGGGUCACUGAUAUUUCCAGAGUAUUCUCUAGAAAAGGCAUCACCGCUACUGGAGAAUCCCACCAUUUUAAGAUCAAACUUUUCGGUUCUUACAUCAACAAGCAUGAAGCACAAACUCCAAGCGACCAAAAUUUCGGUUGGGGUGAAUUAACCGAUAGAAUUAUUAGAGGUUCUAAUAAAGGGGUGGCGGUCAACCCAAGAGCCGAGAAAUUGGUGGUCAGCAUCAAAGAAUUCAAAAGCGCUACCCAGAAUUUCAUGAGUGAUUUUGACACCAAUGGUUUAAGACCAAUUGCCCAAAUUAGAACCAUGUUUUAUGAUCCAUUGGUCAAAUUCAGCGAAAGAUUCUACAUUAAGUUGGGGAAAGUUCACGUCAAAGCAUCCAGUUUGAAAGGUUUCCCUGUCACUAUUCAAGUUACUUCCAACAACAAUAGUAUCAGUUUUGUUAAAGGGGCUAACCAAACUGAAACUGAAAAAUGGCAAUUUCCAUCAGUUCAUUCCGAUGAAUCGGUAGGGGAAUUGAUCAGAGUUAGUGGAAUUGGCAGCGGUGCUAAUAGCGGUCUUAUGAGCAAUGCCGAAAGUGAUUUCUUGUAUUUCCAUGCCUUCAUCAAUGGUGAAGUGGUUGCUGAAGGUAGAUUAUUGAUCAGAAGAGGCAACCAAGCUAUCGAAUAUAAGAAGACCCACUUGGUCGAAUUGAAUAGUGCUGGCAACAGCCACUCCUCGGCCGUGUCGUUCGAAAUCACCAGUGAAUACGUUGGUAAAUCCUUCAACGUCGACCACUCGGUCCAUACCUUAUUGAAUUGGAAGAAUUUGAUUUCUUUACCAGCCAACGAAGACACUUUCAUUCAAUUGAUCAAGAAAUUCAAUAACUUGGACACUUCGCACUUGGUGAAAUACUUCCCUGAAUUAUUGACCUCAUUGUUGGAAGUUUACAAAGCUUCGAUUGAUUUGAGCUUGCCAGCUUUGAAUAAAUCGGUAUUUGAAAGUAUUGUUCACGUUCUUGAUUUUGUCAUCGCUAGAAAAGACCAAUACGUGUACUUCUUUGAAAAUUUCAUCAAAAAUGCCACCAACUUGCCAUCUGUCGGGUUUUAUUUGUUAUCUAAGAUGGAGCAAUACUUCUCUUCUUUCCAAACUUCGUGGGAAUAUUUCAACAGAUCGGUAUGUCGUGUGUCCACUUUGAUUUUGAGAUUAGCUAUCAAGACCACCGAUUCCAAAACCGUGGACUCUUUCAUCAACUCGUGGAAAUCUUUCUUGAGCUCGAUUGCCACCUUCUUAUCUUCCAAAGAUAAAAACUUCACCUCUGAUCAAUCUUACAUUUUAGAAGUGAUUGAUCUCUGGUUAGACAGUCUUAGAACCAUUUUCAUGGAUGAGGACACUUUGAAUUUCGGAAUUAUCUUGAUUGAUUCCGUUGGUAUUAGAGGGUUAUCUACUGUCGACGUUUCAGGCGGUGCCCAACCUAUCAACAAGCGUAAUGACAAAGUGUUUGGGUUUAUUAUCACCAAGUUAUUGUUGAUUCGUCGUUUGUUGCACUCUUGGGUCGUGGAAACCCCUGCUUGUCGUGACAAAUUGAUUUUGACCUCCAUCAACUGGGCCAUGGAAGUUUUGGUGGGCCACAACGAUAUGGAAGCCUCCAGAUUGGCUAACGGGAUCUUGGUUUCCAUUUGCUCCCUUUGUUGGGAUAUCAUCAAAACCAACAGGGUCGAAGACUUUUACUUGUGUCGUGGGGUAGUUAGGUUGAUUCCAUCUAUUUCCGAAAUCAUUUUGCACUACAAUAAGUUUGCUAGAGCCAAUGGGAUGUUCAAACCAAAGAGAACUUUCACCACGUUGUUCCCAACCACUUACCCAUUUAAUGAAAUCACUAUGGACUCGAUUGUCAAUGAUGAAUCAUUUGUGGAGAUUUUGAUCGAGUUGAUGACGUUGUUUGCUUACAUGACAAAACUUGGUAAACACGUUUGUGGGGAAAAAGGGUUACAAAGCUUGUUCCAAGCCAGUAUCAGUGACACCAUGUUUAAUAAGGCCGAUUAUUUCGCCAAGAGUUUGAAUAAAGAACAAAUCUUGAAUAUCAUCCAAACUUCCAAAUUGAUGAUCCAAUCCAAAUGUUAUCCGGCCACUAAAUGGUUAUCUUUGCACGGUUUGCUUGUCGAGGCCGGUUCCACUGUAUUUGAAAUGUUGAAAAACAUUAUGAUUUCCGAUCACAUUCCACCGGUGGAUAAUGCCGAUCAAUUCGAUCGAUUGCUUUGGGGUAAUUAUUUGAAAACUUGUAUGAAAUUUGCUACCGCGAUGCCAGUGGCCAUUUGUCAUUUGGCCGACGUUCCAAGAAAAGCUUGUUGGAAAAUCAGUGGUGAUUUGAGAACUAGAGUGUGUCUGUUGAUUAACGAAGUCUGGGAUUGCUUGGCGUGGGAUGCUCUUGAUGACGAUAUUGUCAGAUUCCAAUUGACGAAAUUCGGAGGGUAUCAAGUGGAAUUCAUCAAUUACGAUUACGGGGUGUUGCAAGAUUUGAUGUUGUUGUCUUUGCAAAGACAAGCCAAUUGUCAAGAAGUUGGGGUCAAGAUGCUUUGGACCAUUAUUAUUUCUGAAUGGUUAUUGAAUGAAAAAUUGAUCGAUAUUGAAAGAGAAUGUAUUGUUGGAUUGUACGAAAUUUUCCACAGCAACAGAUAUAAGCCGGGUCAAUAUGAAGAAAGAAAUUUCAUCAAGAAAUUGAAAUCAUCGAUUAGAAUUGAUCCAGAAGAUGAGGCGUUCGAGGCGAUCGACAGCUUUAUCCAAAACUUGUACGAAUUCUUGGAAGUGCUUAAUGAUUUGGAAAAUGUCCCACCAGGACCGGAAUUCGACGAUGAUAGAACUUUCCACAAGUUGAACAUCAAUGGGUUCUUGAAACAUGUCAACAAGCCAGAAUUGUUGCAUUCUUUUAUCAGUGAAAUGGUUGAAGGCAAUGUUGCUAAACAAAACUUUGUACAAGCUGGGUUGAGUUUGGAAUUGUUGGCCAGUACUUAUGAUUGGAACACCGAAGAUAAGUUACCAGUGUGUAUCAAGCCAAAAUUCCCAGAACAAUCGUCGUUUGAACGUAAGGAAGCGCUUAUGAAGAUGAUGGCCCAUAAUUUCGUUAAGGGCCAAGCUUUGGAAAAAGCCAUUGAAGUGUACAAGCAAUUGGCCCAUGUUUAUGAUACCAUCAAGUAUGACUUCAAAGGAUUAUCGUACGUUCAUAAGCAAUUGUCGGGUCUUUAUUUGGAUUUGGAAACCAUUGAAAGAUUGACUCCAUCGUACUUCAGAAUUGCGUUCAUUGGUUAUGGUUUCCCUAAAUCGGUGAGAGGUAGACAAUAUAUUUACGAAGGUUAUCCAUUCGAGCACAUUACCAGUAUUCAUGAUAGAUUGUUGCGAUUGCAUCCCGGAGCGAUUAUUGUUAGUGACGAUGAUGAAGCCAGAAAAUUGAGUGAAUCGAUCCCAUCGGGUAGAUAUUUGCACAUCACCACUGUCGAACCAAGGGUCAAUGUUCCGCAAAAUAUCAGUAACUUGACGGUCAGCGCCAGAUUGUACAUGGAAAACAGAAACUUGACAAGAUUCACCAACGCCAGAAGAUUGCCAGGUUCCAGCUCGGUCAUGGACUUGUGGGUCGAAGAAACCACUUAUGAAACUUACACCUCUUUCCCAACUUUGAUGAACAGAAGUGAAAUUAAAUCUGCGAUUACCGUGAAGUUGUCACCAUUGCAAAACGCUUUGAGAUCGUUGACGUCUAAGACCCAAGAAUUGAUUGGGCUUGAAACCAUGGCCAACAAGGCGAUGAAGGAAAAAGAAGACUUGAGUAAUAUUUUCAGCGAGAUGUCCAGACAAUUGAGUGGUACCAUCGAUGCUCCAGUGAAUGGUGGGAUCGGUCAAUACCGUGUAUUCUUUGGUUCUGAAUCGUUCACCAAGAACCCAGCUUACGCGUUGCAGCUUGAGACUUUACGUAUUCAAUUCAAUGAAUUGGCGAUGACCAUCAGACGUUGUUUGAUGAUCCAUGCCAAGUUGGUGCCUCAAUCAAUGCAAGAGUCACAAUAUACCUUGGUCGACUUGUUCAAGAAGAACUUUGAAGAGGAAAUCAGAAGAAUUGGGAUUCAAACCGAGGAUAUCAAUAACGGGAUUUCCAGCCAUGCUGCGAUGUUGAAUGCUCCAAGCAUCCAAUUGCCAGUGCCAAUGAAUGUGCACGUUGCCAACAAUGGCAUAAAGGGUCAUGAUUAUUUGAGAAGAAUGCACAGUAAUAGUUCGGAUAAUUCUCAAAGAACUGAUUCUACCCAUAGUCAUACCCAUUCUUCUCAUAGAACUACGGCAAAAAGAAGUGUGUUGAAUUGGAGACAAUCGCGUAACAUUAUCGAGUGA